AUGGUAAUGGAAGGAAAAAAUACUGCAAUUAAAAGAAGAAAUUCUACUACUAAGAGACAAUGGAUAAAACAAGAAGAUGCAGCACUAGUCGAUUGCCUUGUCGAAAUAGCAAAUGACCCUACUUUAAAGGGAGAAAAUGGAUUCAAGACGGGAUAUUUGUUGCGGCUGGAAAAGAUGCUGCAUCUAAGAUUUUCGGGAACAAAUAUCAAGGCAACCCCCCACAUUGAAUCUAGGUAUAAGCUAUUGAAGAAGCAUUUCCUUGCCAUUCAAGAGAUGCUUAACAAAGGUAGUGGAUUCGGUUGGAAUGAUGUUGAAAAAUGUGUUACUGUCAGCAAAGAUGUCUUUGAUGAUUGGGUUAAGGUUAAUCAUCCUAAUGCAGCUGGUUUAAGAAACAAAAAAUUUCCUCACUUUGAUAGCUUGAUGCAUGUUUGGAGAAGUGAUUAUGCAACAGGAACUGCUGUAGAAACUCCAGCUGAUGCAGUGGAGGAAAUAGAGAAAGAAAAACAUGAUGAAGUUGAUAUUACUGAUGGUAAUGAUGAGGAAUGGGAGGAAGGAAGAAGAGAAAAAGAGGUUGAUCAAACUGAGUCAUCUGUUUGCCCUUCUACUAAAAUUAAUCAAGGCAAAAAACAAGCUAGUAACAGGAAAAGGUUUAGAAGUGAUGAUGGAUUAAAUGACUUAGUAGCUGAGAUGCAUGAAUAUGUAGGUGCUUACAAGGAAGCUAAUGAGCAAAUCAAAGACAUAGCAACAUACUUUAAGAAAGAAGCUGAGAACACCGAUAGAAAGAUGAAGAUAUUUGAAGAAAUCAGCAAACUUCCUGGACUUUCAAGGCAAGAAGUCAUAGAAGCUGGUGAGCAUAUUUUAAAGGAUGCGCACAAGAUUGAUACCUUCUUUGCUUUACCUAAUGAAUUUAGGAGGGAUUAUGUAAUGAAGCAGUUGUAUGAGGUCAAUCCAUACACACCAAGCUUUGACUUUCAUGGUGGAAACGAUGCAUAA